GCACUGCAACAUGCCUUCACUCUACUGGGAGAGAGUGUUACUUGGGACUGCUUGCUGUGCAGCGACUGUGACCCUCUGUUCCCUGUGCAUUUGGCAGCUUGUCGUCAGGUUUCACAAAGAAACUACAGGACCUGUGGUACCUCCUUGCUUCUGCCUCAAUGGUGGAUUCUGCCAGGAUAGAGCCUGUGUGUGCCCCAACGAGUGGGUUGGACAAUUUUGUGAUAUAGUUAACUUUUGUGAAGACAGCAUUUACACAGUGAAUGUUUCUGAAAACGUGGUAAAAAACCUUACUUUUGAAAGGAUUUUUGUAGGUAAAUACAGCAGCUCCAAAGAGAAGUGUGAACCUAACACUGUGAAUGGUAACUCUUCAAUUGCAGUCCGGCUGUGCUCCAGAAAGGGAAUGAUUCCAGUUUUAGAGACUCCCAGAAUUCUGAAUUGUAAUGAAAAUCUGGACUCUCUAGCAUUACAGGUGGAAACUGCAGACACCAGCAGUGUUUCAGCAAUUGCAAGUAAUACUCAGAUCCUUACCUCCAUUCCCAGUCGACUGACAACGCAGGACAUCUCUGCUGCUGCGAAUAUUGCAGUGCAGAUUCUAAGAAAACCAAAUGUUUCAGAAGAUACUCAGGCAUCUGUGGCAGUUUUAACUACAGUAAGUCAACUCUUAGAUGCCAACAAAACAGAAUUUGAUGACAAUAAUCUCGUCAAUGUUACAGCAAGCCUCACAAAAACAAUGGAAGAAUUUUCUUUGAUGGGCAACGUCACUCAGCCCAAUGUUGCAGUCCAGUCUGUUCCACUGAAAUUGAACUCCUCUACAGUUCUGGUUUUGGCACAGAGAGAUACAACCCUGUCAUAUUUUCCAUCAACAAGACUAGACAUACAGGAAAAUGUCCCUGGGCUUACUAGUGAACUCAGUACUGAAGUCCAGAUACUGCUCAAUAUUAAAAGUAACAUUGCUGACUUGCAGCCCUGGAUCAAAAUCAGAAUUUCAGCAUGAAAAAACCCAUAUUCUGGUCCUUCCUUUUGCCAGUAGCAUUCAUACUCCUCUUUAACAUUAUCAUCUCCAUCAAGAUCAUUGCUUCUGUGAUAUGGAAUGAGAACAAGAAUCUGACAAGGUGAGGUGGCAUAGAAUUCCUCAGAUCUUUCAGAAUACAUAUUCCUCAAUCUCUUAUUAAGAGCUCAGACUUUCUUGUUACAAAGUCAGAUUUUUGAGAAAAUCAUUUGUUUUAAAGCAAUACACACUUAAAGCAGUUAGAGAAUAAUUUCCACUGCUGUAAUGGAUCAGGAUUUUCUCAUUUACAUAAAUGAGCACAUUGUAGACUUCUCCCCUAACCACCACCACUUUGGUUUUGGUUGCCAUGUUACUCAACUUUGCUUCAAUACGGUUAUGCUUUACUGUUUACUAAUCUCAAAGAACUAACCUAUUCAACAAAGCUUUGCACUUCAUUCCUUUAACAUACAAUUUUAAUAGUUGGAGUAGACCAAAAUACCAUCUCUCUGACUCCUCAUGGGCUUCAGAAAUACUUGAUAUCCAAAUUUUAAUGGCAGCUAAUUGUUAUACUGAAAACUGUGAACAUUAGGAGUGAAGUUAUUCUAAAAAGCUUAUCAUAGCUAACAUGCUAAUUUUCAGUGUUUCAUGCUGCCUUGGUAAACCUCACAUUUUAAUCAAAGAAAUAUAUAGCCACACUAGGUAUUCCAAAGACAGAUUAUUCAUACAAGCGUGGGCAGAUUUCUUAUUCUCAAUUUAUUUCCUGGAUGAUACCCCAACCAAAAGUAAGAUAUAUGUUCUCAACUCAGCUGAGUAACAGAUAUUUGCAAUAUAGCCCUUAGUAAGUAAAAUAGAAAGUUUAACCUCAAAAAGAGAUUAAAUUAUAUGGAGAAUUUUUUUUUGUGCAUGUA